AUGUACGUUCAAAAAUUGGUAAACGAUGAUAACGCAUUUCAUUUCUUUAUUUCAUUGCUGAACCAGAGAUUGAAAAUUGAUAUGUCGACGGGGACAAUUUAUGAUUUCAGUGUAAGAGACAAUAGUGGAGAUUUGGUUUCUUUAGACAAAUACAGCGGACUUGUUGUCAUCAUAGUGAAUGUUGCAUCAUACUGCGGACUGACAAAUUCCAACUACAAAGAACUGAAGUCUCUGAACGACAAAUAUCAUUUGCGUGGACUACGCGUUGCUGCUUUUCCAUGCAACCAAUUUGGAUUUCAGGCUUGUGGUUUGAAUUAAAUUUCUUAUACUAUAAUAUUACUUUGUAGGAACCUCACUGUGAAGCAGAUAUUAACAAGUUUGUAAACGAAAAAUUUAGUUUUGAACCAGAUCUUUAUGGAAAAGUAACAGUGAAUGGUGGGCCAUUGAUUGGAGAAGAAGAACCCCUAUGGACAUUUUUAAAAAAGGAACAGGGUGGAACUCUUUUCGAUGCAAUCAAAUGGAAUUUUACAAAAUUUCUAGUGAACAGACAAGGAAAAGUUGUGGCGAGAUUUGGUCCGUCGACAAACCCGAAAAGUUUUGAGGAAGAAAUCGUUAAGCUUCUUGAUGAGAAUAAACUAUAAAUGUUUUUAGUUUGUCAGUUUGUUAACAUAGUUUAAUGUUUUUAAAAAUUAAUUUUUGCACUUAAGAAAUAAAAUGGUUAAUGUAAAAAA